CUUGGAUCCAGAAAGGAAGAACACCCAAAAAAAUGAGGCUGGAACCUCCUGUAUCAAUCCUUGCGGACGGCGAAGUGAAGGGACCAACAGUGGAAGCCAAAACUUGAAAGAUAAGCUUCUUGGAACACAAAAAGGAAGAAGUUGGAUCUUCAUAGCUUCACAGCUCACAGUGCCAAGCAAUAUACUAUCUUCUGUCUGGCAGCUAUAUCUGAGGUCACAGCAGGAGAUCAGUUUUCACUGUUUCUCGGUUUGAUUAUCUCCUACUUGAUACCCUCACCAUGGCGAGCCGCAAUUCUGACCUGGACCCCCUUCUUCAGGGCGGUGUCAGAUCCAGGUCUGCGCCGGUCUAUGGCUCGGCCCUGAAAAAUGAGCAGGAUGAAGAAAGUCAAACCAAAAAGUUCAAAAUGCUUUCUACCGGAGAUAAUCGAGAUUCGACAGCCUCGGUAGACAGUGCUGCACAAACCAAAGGAAAAGCGGCGGGUGCCAGCAGGUUCAUCUAUUACAUCAUUUACGCCUUAGUAAACGUGAUCAUCUCUGCGCCUGGACUCUACGGCUAUGCUGCCGUCAUUUUCAAUCACCCCGUUUAUAACGAACACAUGAAUGCACUCUCCAAGUUGGUCAUUUUCAGUUCCCUCAUUCAUCAGCUCGGAUUCCUGCUGUUCUCCACUCUGGAUUUUGCCAUUGGAACGGUCCAAGAUGCGGGACUUAUUUUUCUCUCCGCCAUGGCCAACAAAAUUGCCGAUACCAUGCUCGAAGAUGGACGGUCCACCGAUGAAAUUUUGACCACCACCAUUGUGCUCCUAUCCGCGGGAACUGCACUCCUGGGAAUUUGUCUCAUUAUCGUGGGACGAUUCGGAUUGGCCGAUGCCGUUUCCUAUCUCCCCAUGCCCGUAGUGGGCGGAUACUUGGCUUAUAUCGGGUACUUUUGCUGUCAAGCGGGAGUGGCACUCUGUAUUUCAACACCCUUGAUCACCGUUUCGGACUGGGCUUAUUUGUUUGACCCCCACAAUUUACUAUUGGCCAUUCCAGGCCUGGGGGCCGGACUCAUUUUGACAUUGGCAUCUCGCAAAAUUAGCAAUGACGCGGCCUUGCCACUCAUCAUGGUGGCCAUUCCAGCGUCAUUCUACGUUUUGUUGUGGAUCACAGGAGAAUCGCUGGAAUCUGCUCGUGAAGCAGGAUGGGUGGGUCAAGUGGCACCACCGGUUCCCGUCUCGGAUCUUUUCAAAUUGAUCGACCUGGAACUCGUUCAUUGGUCUCUGGCGACAGAAAUUCUACCCACGUGGUGUGGAAUGGUCUUUGUGGUUUCAUUUGCUUCGUGCUUGGAUGUCGCUGCCAUUUCCAUCGAUAUGGGGGAGGCGCUCGACACUAACCAUGAAUUGGCAACUGUGGGAAUUUGUAACUUGAUGUCUGGAUUGACAAUGGGUUUCACCGGCUCGUACAUCUUCAGUCAAACAAUCUUCACCUACCGAACGGGUGUGCACUCUCGAUGGAUCGGAGCUCUGAUCAUGGUUGUUUUCUUCUACAUUGUUGUGUCCGAGGUGAACGUGCUGCAAAUCGCACCCUUGUUCUUCCUGGGUUCCACGCUCAUCUUUAUCGGAUAUGACUUGCUCUUUGAAUGGCUUUGGGAGAUCCGUCACCAGGUUUUCAUCACCGAGUACGGAAUUGUCAUUCUCACCUUCCUAGCCAUUCAAGUUGUUGGAAUUGACGGAGGAAUCGUUGUGGGCGUCCUUGUCGCUGUAGUGGAUCAUGUUGUGCUCACGGCGACAUCAACGACAAUCACCAAGGUUCACAAGAGGUCUAGAGCAAUCUGGAGUCCGGAAGAAAACAAGAUUCUUCAUAACCACGCUUACAAUAUCAACAACUGUCAAAACAUUGUGACGCUCGAAUUGACGGGAACCAUCUUCUUUGGAUCAGCGCUGCAGAGUCUGAACCGGAUUGUUGAUGAAACAUACCUGAACCAGGACACACCUGCACCUGGCCCUGCUGCAGAUGUCAUGCACAGCCCCCGAACUCCUCACGCUCCGGCGCUUUCAGGCAUGACCCGUCGGACUACCCAGCAACAGGACAGAGUUUCGAUUUCAUCACCAAGACGAUCGCAAAAGGGCGGUAGCAUGGUGAUCGCACAGCCGGCGGGAAGGCCUCCAAAAUACCUUGUUCUGGACCUGCUUUACGUUACCCACCUGGAUGCAUCUGCCACCCGGGGUUGCUUCCUGCAGUUGGUGAAAAUAGCUGCGAAGCAAGGCAUCGUCGUAUGUGCGUCCGGAGUCACACCUCGGAUCGAAUGGAUGUUUCGAACACAUGGAGUUGCGUACCCGAGCACCGAGGAGUCGGCGGCAGUGAAAGCUCGCCUCUGCAGCCGCAAUCCUGGCAAAAGCAAACCAAAGGUCGAAAAUGCACUGCUUUUCGUGUCCGUUCAGGAUGCAUUGGAGUUCUGCGAGAAUGCCCUACUGCAUGAAUACAAGGCACAACGUCAUAUGCCUAUGCCUAUAAUCCCCAACCUAGUUGGUCCGGUGCAGCAGUCUUUCACGAGUGUGCUGGGCAAGAUUUUGGGUGCAUCCGAAGACGAAAAGCAAGCUUUGAGUCGGCUGGAGGAUGAACGAUAUCACGAGGAGAGAGUUCUGAAGUCGGGAGAAAUCCUCUUUCAAUUGAAUGAGCACUCUGAUGCCUUUUAUGUUGUGUUGCAAGGCUGCGUCGCAAACAACUCUGGCACUGAUAGAGCUGUGGGUCGCCUCAAGCAGAAGGUCUUUUCAGGUGCUGGGCGUGUUGGAUCAAAGUCAAACCUUCUUGACCCGGUGUUCUUGGCUGAACAAGAAAAGGCAGGCACGAGCGAUGUUGCAGCAAGCCUCUGGUACGUUGGGUCAGUGGUGGGUUUUCUGGACUUCUUGCUUAACAGGCCAAGAUUGUUUCGCUUGGUAGCUACCGGAGACAACACUAUGGUUGCGAAGGUUUCUCAAUCGAACAUGAAUCUCAUGAAAGCAGAGGAUCCCGAACUUCACGCAUUGGUAACGAGGGUUCUACUCAAUGCUGCCGCCUCCGAUUUGGCGAAUUCAACCUACAAUGAUGAAUAGCUCCAUGUUCGUGUUAGUGCACAUGUGAAUAGUGUUAAAAUUAUGAUGCAACAUGGUGAAGUUUUAUGUGGCUGCGAUAUUUUGACGAAAGAAAGUAAAGAGCUUCUGUCCUGCAACAGGACCGGCAACUUUGCGCAGCUCAUCCCGGGACAUGGCGCCGAGCUCCGCGAGAGAGUCGCAGUUUUCAAUGAUCUUUCGUGCAAUUGCAACAUUUACGCCAGGCAAACGCAUCAACAUCGUCCUGGCAAUUUCGUUUACUUCGUCGUCUUCACCUGCUUCCUCGCAAAAAGCUUCCAGAGACUCGCUGCGGCCAGCUUCCAUCGCCUUUUCCACGUUCACUUCCUCGUGGUUUGAUUUGAGUUCCUUGAAUAUGUCCAGAGUGUGGUGGGGGCUCCGAGACCACAAGAUGCGUAGCUUUGGAAACUUUCUCGUCAACAGGACCAUCUUUGAACAUAUAGAGUCCAUUUUGAUUUCCACUCCCAUCUCGUUCGAGUUCUGCAAACAGAACGACUUCUUCCCGUCAAAUUCGAUGAGAAGACAGGGGCAUUUGUAGUACUUGCACAUGGCUUGCACCUGAUCGUGAAGGCGGCCACUGGCGAACGAACCAAACAAGUCACUAAUACCCUUGCGUUCUACGCAGUGGACACUGCUAAGGACGAAGUCCCCCACCGUAAGUGUCACUUUUUGCCA